AUGAUAUUCACCAGAUUCACCAGUUACUCGACCCCAGAGAGAACGCAGACCACCAGCUUAUCUCAAGGACUACGUCACCACGUCCAAACAGGCCACAACACAGCCGGACUGGUUGAGGAGAGUGAACUGGUUGCUACAUCAAGCAGAGAAUGGUAUAUUCAAAGGACAAGAGAUAGAGCUUUCCAGAACCAUUAUGAAGAUUAUGGAGAACGUUUUAUAUAUAUAUCUGCUACACUGGAAGAUGUUAUCGACAAAAUCAAAUCGGAUGUUGUUCAUCUAGCUAGCAACAAGUACUCGUCAUUUUACAACACCUCUCCUGACGAGAAAAAAGCCAUACAAUCGCUGAGAAACCGAGAUGAUAUUGUGAUAAAACCAGCAGACAAGGGCAGUGCCGUUGUGAUAAUGGACAAAGCUAACUACAUCGCGGAAGCAGUGCGUCAGCUCUCUGAUGAGAGAUUUUAUCAGAAGCUAGACUAUGACCCUACUUCCAAAAUUAUCACUGCGUUACAAACCAUAUACAAUGACGGUCACAUAGAUGAGGAUACAAUUGGUUAUUUAGAGCCAGAGAAUGCCAAGCCUGGUCGAUUGUAUCUUCUUCCCAAAAUACACAAGGUUAACAACCCUGGUAGACCCAUUGUAUCCGCAAACGGCCAUCCGACUGAGAAAAUCUCGGAAUUCGUCGAUUUUCAUUUAAGAUCUCAAGUAGAAAAUCUUCCUUCCCACAUUCAAGACAAAACAGAUUAUCUUCGUAAAAUGGAAUCUAUGAACCCUCUUCCUCCAUAA